GUGUACAGCCGGUGGUGUUUGCGCGGUGGAGGUGGGUCAGUGGGAGGCGGUGCGGCGGAGAAGCCGGUUCGAUUGCGGGGCACAGUUUGGGCAAUAUGGCGGCGGACGGAUGGAAAUACUGAUGACUGUCAGAAAAAUCGCCUCGAUUUGUACGAUGGGCGCCAAUGCCUCUGCUUUGGAAAAAGAGAUUGGGCCAGAACAGUUUCCCGUAAAUGAACAUUACUUUGGCUUGGUCAAUUUCGGCAAUACUUGCUAUUGCAAUUCUGUUUUACAAGCACUUUACUUCUGUCGGCCAUUUCGGGAAAAGGUUCUGGCUUAUAAGGUGCAGCCCAGGAAGAAAGAAAGUCUGCUUACAUGCCUCUCUGACCUCUUCAAUAGCAUAGCAACACAGAAAAAGAAAGUUGGUGUAAUACCACCAAAGAAAUUUAUAUCAAGAUUAAGAAAGGAAAAUGAGUUGUUUGAUAAUUAUAUGCAACAAGAUGCGCAUGAGUUCCUGAACUACCUUUUAAACACAAUCGCUGAUCUAUUACAAGAGGAAAAGAAACAGGAGAAACAGAAUGGUAAGAUACAGAAUGGUAACUUGGAAAGCGAGGAGAGUGAUAAAAUGGAACCAACCUGGGUACACGAAAUAUUUCAAGGAACACUAACAAAUGAAACAAGGUGUCUUAACUGCGAAACGGUUAGUAGCAAAGAUGAAGAUUUUUUGGACCUUUCGGUUGAUGUAGAACAAAACACAUCAAUAACUCAUUGUUUAAGAGGAUUCAGUAAUACCGAGACAUUGUGCAGUGAAUAUAAGUACUAUUGUGAGCAGUGCCGUAGUAAACAAGAAGCACAGAAGAGAAUGAGGGUGAAGAAACUACCAAUGAUACUUGCUUUGCAUUUGAAGCGUUUCAAAUAUAUGGAUCAACUCCAUCGAUACACUAAACUCUCUUACAGGGUAGUCUUUCCCCUGGAGUUGAGACUCUUUAACACAUCGGGGGAUGCCACCAAUCCAGAUCGAAUGUAUGAUCUUGUAGCUGUAGUUGUUCACUGUGGGAGUGGGCCAAAUCGUGGACAUUAUAUCACCAUUGUAAAGAGCCAUGGGUUUUGGUUGCUCUUUGAUGAUGAUAUUGUGGAGAAAAUAGAUGCUCAAGCAAUUGAAGAGUUCUAUGGGUUAACAUCAGACAUCUCCAAAAACUCAGAAUCAGGUUAUAUUCUUUUCUACCAAUCAAGGGACUAAGGAAUUUCAAGUGUGAAUUACUCGUCAUCCUGAAGGAAGCUGCUUCUCAACGGCAUUCUCCCCUAAUGUAGUGGGACUGGAACCAGCUAAAGAGAAUAAUGAACAGCAAGGAUAUCUUGGUAUGCAGGCUGAGAGUAUGAAUGUAUGCUGACAGCAUGAUGGCACAAGACAUUUGUGUUUCUUACCACUCUCUUCCUGUUGCUGUGUAUCAUCUUCCAAAAUCAUUGUACACUAGGUGAAAAAAAAAACAAGCUGGUCCAACUGCUUUUUUCAAUAACUUUUUUUAAACUAGUUUUCAAUAAUAUAAUUUGACUUUUUUAAGUAUAUUUGACACUACUGUAAAUUAUUUAGUUACUAAUGUAUUAAGUCAAUUGAUUUCAGCAUUGAAAACAUUCUGAUAUGGCAAAACAUUGAUUAUAUUUUUUAAAACUCUAAUUCUGAAAGUUUUCUUUAAGAUUUAAUUUUUUAAAUGGAAUGCAUUCUAUUAUUUCUACCCCCAUCAAAAUUAUGGGGGUUCAGUUAUCACUAUUGAAUUUAUAUGCUUAUGACGCAUUGAGGCGUAUUGGCUUGCAGUAGAACUUGGGUGAUCAGGGCUAUAUUUGACAACAGGUGCUGCUGAAUCUUUAAUUCUUGCAACAAAGUAGACAAAAUUAUGCAUUUAAAGUUGUGAGAAGUGAAUGAAAUUUGAUACCUAUAAAAGUUUUAAAAUAAUUUGGAAAUGCCUUGAUCAAUUUUUAUUUUACUCCACCUCAGUUCCAACCAGCUUAAGUUCUCCCCACCCUCUCUCCCCGCAAACUGGUAAAUGAACACUCCCUUGUGACCAGUGGGCCAAGUACAGUGUUAAUAAUAACACUGUGAACAUGAACUUCAGCUACUGUAAUGGAAAGUUAUUCAGGUCAUUAGAGACAUGUAUUUUGUAUAUUGGGUUCAACAUUUUUACAAACAAAAACGUGUGUGAUUUGAAAACUUGCAGGAUACACUAUUGUGCAAGAUGUAUUAUAGAUUGAAAACCUGUUACAAAGUGCACUUUUGAUACAGAUUUAUAAGUAUCUAAACAGGCAUAACUUAUGAGGUGUGUUUUGACACAGUCUUGUAUUCCAAGGAUGCUGCCUGUGUUGAAUAAAGGUAACACAUGGUCCAAAAGAAUUUCGAAAGUGAUUCUGUGCAGUAUUUAUAAAGUGGCCAAUUAAGGCUCUGGUGUAAUGAAUGGACUUCAAUUAGCAGUUGCUUGUUGUAUCUUCCUGUUUCUGUUCCUUCCUUUUUAGCCUUUCAGUGCCUUGCACCAUGCCCAUUAACAGAAACAACUGACUCAAGUCCAUACUGGAAGGGUGUGUGCUUCCUAUGCCACUAUGUGGUGCAAACCAUUGAAGCUUCAACAUAUUCCACUGCUUCAAAUUAUUUUACUAGCUGUCAAGUGUACUGCAUGUUGAGUUACGGUGAGAGUUAUUUCUAAACAUGCCUUACUCUGUGAUAAUAGUGAAGAUCCUAACAAAGGAAAAGACAGAUUAAUAUAGAAUAUUCAGUGGCUAAGGUUACUUCUCAUUAUACCCAACAGGACAAAAUACACUGUUUUUAGCUUACUUGCAUCAUACACUUGGAAAAACCACUGCAGGACUAGUUACAGCAGGUCUAUUAGAACUUGCUAUUAUAUUUUUCAGCAUAUACCUGGUAAUAUUGUUUUAGGAUAAUCACCGGAGGUAAGAUAUUUUCCUGAAUUGUUUGAAUAUGAUCUGAAAAAAUGUUUUCAUAGAAAUAACAGCCACAUCCACACAGCUCAAUUAAAAAGCUAUGGGGUAAAUGAAAGGAUUUUAAGUUGCCCCAUAGCUUUAUAAUAGUGUAACUUAAUAGCACCUAAUUUACCAUAAUCUUUCCAGAGGAAAAUAGUUUCCAUUAUUUUUAUACCCACAUGAAUAAAUAUAAAUGAACAAUGGAUAGUGGAUAUUAUGCAAGAUCUAUAAUAACUUUGGUCAUCACAAUUUUAAUUUUAGCAAUAUUCUUAAGUGACUUCCUCUCAUCAGAUCCUGGUUCUACUUAGAAAAUGGUGCACUCAGAAUCCUUAUUUGCAAUUGUGCAAAACUUUGUUAUUGUGUUCUUUUUGUAUAAUAUUUGAGUACAUUCUUCUGAGCUGACAUUUAUUUUUCAGUUAUCACAGCUUCCAUGACCUUGCAAUUAGCAUGCCAAUGUAAAAAGAUCAGUGUAGAUCACAAUAUUUUCAGAUGACUGCACUUUCAUAACUACUGUAACUGCUUUUGACACCUUGUGAAGAGAAAUUUUAGGGUCAUUAUUGUUGGCUGUUGGUUGAGAUUCUGGGAAGGCUGCUGGAUUUCUUAAGAAAUUUGUCAAAUCUCCAUUUAAUUCUGUUGAUGAAGAUUGUUGAUGGUUGGGGAAUAGGUAGAUAUUGCAUCAGGAGAGAACAGAUGUGCCAGGGCCAAGAUCAAAGGGUACUAAAUUUUGGUGUAGCAUAGUAAGGGCUAUUUAAACAUUUUAAGUUGGGGGGGGGGGUAAGAAAUGAAGUGCAUUUGUAAUUGGAAUACAUUACAGCAAAAGGCUUCUUAGUGUAAUAGUUUGUUUUUCAUAUCUACCUAAAACACCAAUUGACCAUCAUCUGUUAACAGAUGCCUCCUGACCUGAAUACAUCAAAUCUAUUUCCAUGACUCCAUGUUUCUUGCUUUUAGCGAUUUGUUAUAAGGAAAUUAAACAACUUAGGUUGAAAUUAAUUGUCAGAUCUCUUUGAAUAUAGCAAUGACUACGUUGGCAAAUUAUCCACAUGGUAAUCUUUGUAGAAAGUAAAGGAAAAUCCAAAAUUUAAAAUUUAGUUUUGUUUAUUUCUCAUAUCAGCCAUUGUGCUUUCUUUUGAGUUGGUUUAUCAGUUAAUGCUUAAUUCUGGGCAGCUUUGUUUUUGAGCACUGAUCUAAGAUUGGUUCUGCUUAUUUAAAUCAAACACAAUGGACUAUCAUUUCAACACAUUGUUCUGUAUUUUAAGUGGUUCCCAGUGGCAAAAGGCCAAAAAUGAACCAACAAUCCUUAAUUAUUUCUCUUUAUCCUUCUCAAAAUAGCUUUAAUGCUAUUAAGUUUUUACUUUAGAGGGAAAUGAAGCAGUCAUAGCCACUCUUAAAAAUUCCACAAGGGAGUAUUGCAUUUCCAAUUCUUUCCCAUGAACUUACUUCUAAAGAGAGACUUCUAGGUAAUCUCACAUUCUGUGGAUGUACACCAGGCAUUCUGCAAUAUUAUGACAACUUAAGUGAAUAUUAGUACUGACUCCAUGAUACUUGAUUUGUUUCCUCUCAUCUGUCUUUGGUGAAAGGUCUUUUUUAACUCUUUAAUUUUCCCACAAUAUAUGUUGUGUAUAUAUAUCUCUUUCUAUUCCAAAUUCUUGGAUUCCAUUCAGAGGUCAUAUCAAUAAACUGAGUCUAUUUUUCCACGUACAAGUGCUAUAAUUCUUUAAAUGGUUUCCUGUUUAUUUAUGAGGCAACACAAAACUUAGAGAGAGUGUUUUGUUUACCUAUUUUUCAUCAUUCUCCUUCCAAGGCUAAAAAUCAGUAAUGUGCCUGAAAGACUUUAUUACUGUGAAAAGCUGUUAAUCAGGGUAGCAAUUUACUUGAUAUGCUUUUAAAAUGUCAUUUGAAUUGAUUUUCAGUUGUUCACAAACCAGAUGCAUUUUUGUAUACAUCUCUUUGAAUCUAGUUGACCUAUGUGUUUGUAUCACAUUAUGGUGAGAUAAAUAAAUGUCCACAUAUGCAACUGCAAUAAAUUGCUCAGUCUUGACUACUGAAGUUUUAGAAAUCCCAGUACUAUAAAAAUUCAUGUAGCCUGAUGUUAAACUAUUGUUGUUUUCCUAAUUGGUACUAAAGUAGGAGCACAUGAAUAUUUGCACAGUACA